AGUUUUUGAACUAGUGGCAACCUUCGCUUUAAAUUGAAAUUUGAGUUUCUCUUUUUUAUAUGAGUUUUAUCCAACAUCCUCCUGCCUCUUUCCAAACCAGAAUUACAUACUCAUUUAUACAGUCAUCACCAUUACCCGUACGCAUGAGCUGCAACGCCACAUUUCUGUUAGACGCUUACGAGGGCAUUGUUUUUGACACUAAAACACCUGCGGCUGAGGUCAACACGGCAAUGGCCUACAGACGUACCGUUAUCAGAUUGUUAAUUAAAUCGUUGAGCAUAAUUUUGGUCGCAUUACUGGUACAUCAGUCAUCGACAAAAAAAUGGACUCAGCUGCGUUGCUGGAAUCGCAUUGACAGGCGAAAUAAUGAGGGCAGAUUGCGUGGGUAAAAAAAAUGGGGAUUUUAUUUUUUUUCAGGUCG